AUGACAGCUGAAAAGACUAUUCCUAUAAUUAAUGGCAAGCCAGAAGAUGCUUUGGACCCAGAAGCCUCAAGUACCAACCUUGUCCACAGCAAUGAUAAGAAAGUUCAUGAAAGAGGUCACUGGAACAAUAAGGUUGAAUUUGUGCUUUCUGUGGCAGGGGAGAUCAUUGGGCUGGGAAACGUAUGGAGGUUCCCAUAUCUUUGCUACAAGAAUGGAGGAGGUGCUUUCCUCAUCCCAUAUGUGGUUUUUUUUAUUUGCUGUGGAAUACCAGUAUUUUUCUUGGAGACGGCCUUGGGACAGUUUACUAGUGAAGGAGGCAUUACAUGCUGGAGGAAAGUUUGCCCUCUAUUUGAAGGCAUCGGAUAUGCUACCCAAGUUAUAGAGGCACAUCUAAAUGUAUAUUACAUCAUCAUUUUAGCAUGGGCUAUCUUCUAUUUGUUUAACUGUUUUACUACAGAGCUUCCUUGGGCUACCUGUGGGCAUGAAUGGAAUACAGAAAACUGUGUGGAAUUUCAAAAACUUAAUAUGAGCAACUGCAGUCAAGUCUCUUUACAAAAUGCCACUUCUCCAGUGAUGGAAUUCUGGGAACGAAGGGUGCUAGCUAUAUCUGAUGGAAUUGAACAUAUUGGGAAUCUUCGCUGGGAACUUGCACUGUGCCUCCUUGCUGCUUGGACUAUCUGCUAUUUUUGCAUUUGGAAAGGAACAAAGUCUACUGGAAAGGUUGUAUACGUAACAGCCACGUUCCCCUAUAUCAUGUUGAUGAUUCUUCUGAUUCGUGGAGUAACGUUACCAGGGGCUUCCGAGGGGAUAAAAUUCUACUUGUACCCUGACCUUUCUCGACUGUCUGACCCACAGGUGUGGGUGGAUGCCGGUACACAGAUAUUUUUCUCUUACGCGAUCUGCUUGGGGUGCUUGACAGCCCUGGGAAGUUACAACAACUAUAAUAAUAACUGCUACAGAGACUGCAUCAUGCUCUGCUGCUUGAACAGUGGCACAAGCUUUGUUGCUGGUUUUGCUAUCUUUUCAGUUCUUGGAUUUAUGGCUUAUGAACAAGGCGUGCCCAUUGCAGAAGUUGCAGAAUCAGGACCAGGACUUGCAUUCAUUGCUUACCCUAAAGCUGUUACCAUGAUGCCUCUUUCUCCUCUGUGGGCAACUCUGUUCUUCAUGAUGCUCAUAUUCCUUGGAUUAGACAGUCAGUUCGUGUGUGUUGAAAGCCUUGUGACAGCUGUUGUAGAUAUGUACCCAAAGAUUUUCCGAAGGGGCUACAGAAGAGAACUGUUGAUUCUCGGCCUUUCCAUUGUGUCAUACUUCAUUGGCCUAAUAAUGUUAACUGAGGGUGGGAUGUACGUCUUUCAGUUAUUUGACUCUUAUGCAGCUAGUGGCAUGUGCCUUCUUUUUGUUGCCAUAUUUGAAUGUGUCUGCAUAGGCUGGGUUUAUGGCAGCAAUCGCUUUUAUGAUAACAUUGAAGAUAUGAUUGGGUACAAACCACUGUCAUUGAUUAAAUGGUGCUGGAUGGUCUUAACUCCAGGUAUUUGCGCAGGAAUCUUCAUCUUUUUCCUGGUGAAAUACAAGCCUUUGAAAUACAACAAUGUAUAUAUAUACCCUGACUGGGGCUAUGGCAUAGGGUGGAUGAUGGCGCUCUCUUCCAUGAUCUGUAUCCCUUUGUGGAUCUGCAUUAAGCUGUGGAAGACAGAAGGCACUUUCAUAGAGAAAUUCAGGAAGUUGAUUACACCUAGCUCAGAUCUGAAAAUGAGAGGGAAACUUGGAGGAAGAGCCUACACUGCAGCAAUAAAUGACUGCGAUGCCAAACUGAAAGGAGAUGGCACCAUUUCAACCAUUACAGAAAAGGAGACACAUUUCUGA